AUGACAAAUUGCAAGCCUUGCUCGACUCCGGUGGAUACUAAUCCCAAGCUGGCGUCUGAUGGUCCUCCUGUGAAGGAUGCUUCCAGUUUUCACAGUCUCGCUGGUGCUUUGCAAUACUUGACCUUCACCAGGCCUGACAUCGCUUAUGCUGUUCAGCAAGUUUGUUUGUUCAUGCACGAUCCUCGGAAACCUCAUUUGGCUGCUCUCAAGCAGAUUCUUCGGUACAUUCAUGACACUUUGGUUCUUGGCUUGUUGUUGCGCCCCUCUUCUAGUGCAAAGCUGACUGUGUACUCCGACAUUGACUGGGCAGGGUGUUCUGAGACCAGGAAGUCCACGUCUGGCUUUGCGGUCUUCCUUGGUGAUAAUUUGGUGUCAUGGUCUUCCAAGCGUUAG